GGGUUUGCCUCGUCGUCUGCGUUCCACGAAAAACGCAUUCCCUCCUCUUACGAUGCACACAGACACCAACGACGGCAGCGGGGAGGGUACCGAUUGCAGCGAGGGCCACCUCUUUUUGCGAAAAAGAAUKAGAUCAACCGCCUCCGAUCUCGAGCUGCUGGCGGUGCGAAUGAGCCUCUACUUUGGUUCGAUGGUCGAUCCGGAAACCAAUCGGUUUUUCCUCCUGUCRUAUCCAGACGGCCAAAACCGGUAUCCGCACCAAUCGCAGCUCCAGUCUGGAUCCUCGGCUGCUACAACCUUCUAUUCCCACCAACACUGCCCGUUGCGCGACCUGGGAUCUGCAUGGGAUGCAGUCUCCGCGGUGCGGAUCCUUCUCUCUCACCGAGGCAAUGCGGACCCGGCUCACCAGAAACCCCCMKCCGAGGUUGCCGCCGUGAUUGCUCGCCUGAACGAYGCAGUCCUACAAACCAUCCAACACUACUCAUCUUCUCUUGCCUCCGUUUCUGUGGCGGGCGCCCUGUCGGACGGACAAGGGGCCUCGCUUUCUCCUGAGGUUCUUAACGAACCACCCAAUAUUGCCCAUAACGGCCUCCUGCUCCUGGCCCUCGUCGAGUCGGAACGGCUGGGCCUCUUGGGUGGCGAAACGCGGGAAGAGCCUUCGUCGUYUCUGUCUGCUGCUGCUGCUGCUGCCAUGGACGGACUCGCAAAUGGCAUUCUAGCGAUGCAGCGCAGCGACGGAGCCUUUCGAACGCACUACCCACUUUCGCCGGACACCAACGCCAGCGAACACAACGACGACGAGGUGCUCUUGGGCAUCGAGUUCUUUUCCGGAGAAGCCAUGACGGCUCUCGUCGAAGCCCUGAKCCAAGCAAACGGCAAGAAGGACGGGCUGACGGUCUGCAGCGAGACCCGAAACCGGAUCCUUUCGGCGAUGGUCCUGGCUCUGGCGUUUUAUCGCGCCUUUUACGAAGAAGGCAAGCGCAACCACACCAUCGAUGCGAACUACGCGAUAUGGCAGGUUCAAGCGUUUGGGAGGCUCUCGCUCGUGCUGCGCAAUCUGGCUGCCGGAGAYGGCGGYGGAGACACCCUCUCGAUGCCUGGUAGCGGAGAGCCAACAGAACCAAGAACCGCAGCGGAAAUUGCCGACGAGGCCGCGGACUAUUGCAGGGACAUGUGCAUGGACAUCGUACGGUCACCGGCGUGGAGGAUGCUUUCCCGCGGAAAGAGYUUCUACCCCAACCUAUCGACCGUCGAAAUCGCCUGCGGUCUGGACGCCCUGGUCCAGGGGGGCCUCGUCGAGGCUAGGCGGUGUCGAYGCGGGGAGGAAGGUAACGGCGGCGRCGAUGAUUGCCUGCUCUUGUUUUCCGGGUGCAUCGACGACGCGAUCGACUUUCUGCGGUGGUCGCAGGAACGGGUCCCGGACGAUUCGGGGGUAGGGCACGGCGGCCUCGGUUACGGAGGUCUCCGGGUCACGGAACAGAGGCUCGACGUCACGGGCCACGCCCUGAGCGCCGUUUCGAGAUUGGUUUCGUUUGGCUAGCUAGCACCAAGCAACAACGCGCACAUGAGGACCCCGACUAGAGAAACACCCACACAAUGAGUUGGUGGCUGGCAUUACUGUGAGAAAAAACAUGGCGACGCUUCUGCAGUAUUUACACGGAGUGCUAUACUAUUUUCAC